AUGGCAGCUGAAGGCACCAUCCGCAGUCGGCUUCGGAGUCUUCUCAGGAGCAACUCCAUCAAACUGAAGAGGCGCAGCACAAGGCGACCGGAGCAGAUCAACAACAAGGUGACUCUGGAGAAGGUUCUGGGCAUCACGGCAGAAGGAAACCGAGCUUUGAGCUGUGACCCCAGGACCGGACUGUUGGCCUAUCCAGCCGGAUGUGUGGUGGUGCUGCUGAACCCGCGCAAGAACAAGCAGCAGCACAUUUUCAACUCAUCCAGAAAAGCCAUCACCACUUUAGCUUUUUCUCCAGAUGGAAAAUAUGUGGUCACAGGAGAGUGCGGUCACAUGCCUGCGGUGCGUGUGUGGGAGGUCACGGAGCGUGCUCAGGUUGCAGAACUGCAGGAGCACAAAUACGGCGUCGCCUGCGUCACCUUUUCUCCAAACGGAAAAUACAUCGUGAGCGUGGGGUACCAGCAUGACAUGACAGUCUGCGUCUGGAACUGGAAGAAAAACGUUGUCGUUGCAGCGAACAAAGUGUCGAGUAAAGUUUGCGCUGUGUCGUUCUCCACCGACAGCUCAUACUUCGUCACCUCAGGGAACAGACAUGUCAAGUUCUGGUACCUUGACCACAACAAGACCAACAAGGUGAACGCUACGGUCCCUCUGCUGGGGCGCUCUGGUCUACUGGGAGAGCUCAGGACCAACUGUUUCUCUGACGUGGUGUGUGGCCGCGGUAAACGGUCGUCCUCCACCUUCUGCAUCACCUCCUCUGGUCUGCUCUGCGAGUUCAAUGAGCGCCGCCUGCUGGACAAAUGGGUGGAACUGCAGACCUCUCAGGCCACUUGUCUCUGUGUGACGGAGGAGCUGAUCUUCUGUGGAUGUUCUGAUGGAACAGUCAGAGCCUUCAGUCCCUUCAACCUGGAGUUUCUCUGCACCAUGCCCCGACCCCACAGUUUGGGAACUGACCUCUCCAGCAUGACCUCAGCUAGUCAGCUCUUCUGCUCCCUCUCAGACUCCCGCUUCCCGGACACAGUUGCGGUAAGCUUUGACCCGGUGAACGGCUGGCUGUCCUGCGUCUACAGCGACCACAGCGUGUAUGUGUGGGACCUGCAGCACGAGAAAGACCCACACCUGAUGCACAGAGACCCCAGAAGAGUGGGGAAACUCUACUCUGCUCUCUACCACUCGUCCUGCGUCUGGGGCCUGGAGAUUUACCCGGACUGCGCCGAGCGCCUGCUGCCGCCGGGAUCCUUCCUGUCCUGCUCCUCAGACUCCACCAUCAGGAUUUGGAGCCUGGACCCGAGUCCCAGCAGGAACAUCCUUAGCCACGACCUGCAGAAGAUCCUGUUCGUGGAUGAAAACCUGUCCCUCUUAUUGGACGCGGAGUUGUCAGUUGCCGGGGGAAACGGGGACAAAGCGGGGCCAGAGGAGCAGAGGGCGGGGCUCCGGACUCUGAAGGUCCGACCUGACGGGGCUCACCUGGCGUCUGGAGACAGACAGGGGGCGCUACGGAUCCACGACCUGCGCAGUAUGGAGGAGAUCCUCAACGUUCAGGCCCACGACUCAGAGAUCCUGUGUCUGGAGUUCUCUAAACCUGACACUGGGCUGCAGUUACUGGCCUCGGCCAGCAGGGACAGACUUAUCCAUGUGCUGGACUCCGGAGCAGACUAUUCCCUGGUGCAGACUCUGGACGAACACUCCUCCUCCAUCACUGCUGUGCGCUUCACAGCCAAUGAGGGACGAGUACGGAUGAUCAGCUGUGGCGCCGACAAAAGUGUGUACUUCAGAACUGCUCAGAAGACGGAGGAGGGGCUGCUCUUCAGUCGGACUCAUCACGUUGCGAGGAAGACGACUCUGUACGACAUGGACAUCGAGCCAAACAGGAAGUACGCAGCUGUGGGCUGUCAGGACCGCAGUAUACGAGUCUUCAACAUCAGCAGUGGGAAACAGAAGCGGGUCUUCCGAGGCUCUCAGGGCGAAGACGGGACUCUCCUGAAGGUGCAGAUUGAUCCAUCUGGACUCUACAUCGCCACCUCCUGCUCAGACAAGAACAUCAGCAUCUUUGACUUCUACAGUGGGGAGUGUGUGGCUACGAUGUACGGCCACUCAGAGAUUGUGACGAGUUUGAAGUUCAGCUCUGACUGUCGGCAUCUUCUGUCUGCGUCCGGAGAUAGUUGUAUCUUCGUGUGGCGUCUUCCUCCGGAACUCACCAUCAGAAUGAGGCAGCGGCAGUCGGAGCUCCGCCCUCCAAAUUCCAUCUCCCAGAGUGCACUGGGGCUGGUGGACACUAUAAGUGAAGUUCCUCAGGACGUGGUGACGCUCUCGUCCGACAGCGACCACGACGAGGAGGAGGAGCCAAACACAGGAAGUCCCUCCUGCACAGAAGUGAAAGGUGCAGACGACAGAGAGAUUACCACAGAGCGACCGGUUCGCAAACGCUGGUCCAGACAAGAUCCUUUAGACAGAGCCUUGAUGGUCCACUCCAUGUUCGACCUCAGAGACCUGGACUCACUGCAGCCGGAGCCACAGGAGUCACAAGUGAAUCCCCACCCCUCAGAGAAUAAUCCUGCCCCUCAGAACACACAGAGUACCGUCGGACAAUCACAGCCUGUGUCUGGACUGACACGAGCCGAUCAGGAGCUGGGCAGCACCUUGAGCCUGCAGGUGGACCCCACAACCAAUCACAGACCAGACUUCAUCCUGCUGACCAAUCAGGGCUCAGAGAGAGAUCUCCCUGUGCUGUAUCCUGACCAAUGGGACGACAGAGUCAGUCUGGCCGGAAAUGAGUUCCAGGUGCAGGAGGCAGGGGCCGCUCAGGACAAACCCUCCCCAGACAGUGGCUGCUCUGUAGGCUUCAGCCGCAGGUCGAGCCCAGAGAGACCGAGCGUUGACGACUCUGGGAGACUAAGCGGAAACUCGUCAGAUCUGGAAGAGGAAGAGGAGGGGCCUCCUACAGGAAUGGGCGGUACUACAACAGGAAGGGGAGGGGCUGUUACCGUUCUUCAGACCCCUGACCAUGAAGCGUUUCUGAAGGAGCAUUUUGGAACGUUAGCCGAAGCCAAAGGCAGUCCAAGCAGAACCUCUCACAGUUCCUCAGAAAGCCUCAGUAUCUCAUCCAGGUUCCUUUCUCACUCCAGUCACAGUCGCUCCUCGGUUCCACUGGCGUCUCGUUCUGAUGGAAAGACCCCUCUGGUCUCUGAGGUCCGUCCCCUGAGGGAGACCCAAGGUCUGGUUCUGAACCAGACCCCGGAACCCAAACCGGACCAAGAACAGAGUCUGGAAAAAGGUCUGGAUCCUGGACUAGACCAGACCACAACCUCUGACAAUGAAAAGACUCGGCUGAUCUCUGAGGUCCUCGCUUUGAGGGAUCUGGACCCGUACUCCAAGGUCCCAGCGCUGGAGGCGGCUCCCCCUAGAGCUGCUCUGUUUAAGAAGAAGCCAGUGGACAGCAGAAAGAGCCAUGGGUACCAAAUACAGGGUCUGAACCAGAGCCAGGGUUUACGGAAAUCCCAGUCUGUGACCAGCCUCCUACAGGACAGCUCCGACCCCACCCCCUCGCCACCCCCCCUGGUGCGCCCUUCCACGCUGCCCUCCACCCCUCGCCGCCCGCUGCUCGACUCGUUGCCGCGGAAACACUCAUACAUGAGCGCCACAGCAAGCUCCCGCGCCAAAGUGUCGCGCUCAGUCUCCAUCGGCGACGGCCUCAAUGACCCAGACCUGUCGCCGCCCAGCCCCCGCCCUGUGGCGCAGGUCACCGCGGUGACAGCUACUCCUGUGCUCCUAGCCCCACCCCUGGCCCCGCCUCUCCUAACCCAGCCCCUCUCAGCCGGGGGGAGGAGCCUCCAGAGCCGCCUUCACAACAAACCACUACCUGACAAACCUUCGCUCGCUGCUUUCUCUGCUGCCCCCAUGAGCAGGUCCAGCCACGCCCCCUCUGACCAUGACCCCCCCACAGACCCUGCCCCCUGUGAGAAUAGAGCUCCAGUAUGUAACAUUCCCUCACAGAUUGACCCAGUGUCCAGUACAGCUGCUGGUUCUCCUGAUACGGACACUGCUUUAACCCCGCCCCCAUCUAUAGCACCGCCCCCUGAACAAACUCUGCUGCCAGCUUUAGCUCCUCCCUCCUCCCCUUCCCCACAGACAACCCCCAACAGACCAGAGUCCUGCAGUAGUGACCAGAUCCUCACUGAACCAGAAGAGGUGGAUCUGAGCGUGGAGGCGUGUCGGGCCCUGACCAAUGAGCUGCAGAGCUGCUUCAGCCGAGCCACACACCUCUACAGAAAGCUGAGUGUGGCGGCGGCUGAAUUCCCCGCCCCCGAGAGCAGUCACAUGAUCUCCAUCCUAUCAGAGUGCUUCCAGGGCCUGAGGGCGGAGCUGGAUGGGCUGCCACUGGGUGUGUCUACAGAAGAGGGCGGAGUCAGCGCAGACACAGGGAGGACGGCGGCCAUUUUGGAAGAAUACUCACUGCUCUUGGUACAAGCGGUGACCAAACGCCUCCAGAGCCCCACCAGUGUUUGA